AUGUCGUCAGCUGUGGAGAAUAUAACGGUAGUGAGCAGCGACGGCGACGAGUUCAAGAUGUCAGUCGCCGCCGCGAUGCAAUCGGAGCAACUGAAGCAAAUGCUAACGGAUGAUUCCAUCUCGAUUGACAAAGUCCCAAUGGAAAAUGUAAGCACUGAAAUAUUAGUGAAAGUGAUCGAAUAUUGCCAGAAGCAUGCCGAUCAUGAAGCCGCCGCCAAGGCCAACGGCGGCGGAACCUCCGAUUCCGAGGCGGAGGAGCUAAACAAAUGGGACGCUGAGUUUAUGAAGGUAGAUGUGGAGGAUAAGCUGUUUCAUAUUUUAAUGGCAGCAAACUAUUUAGAGAUUAAGGGGUUGUUUGAUUUGGCUUGUCAAACUGUGGCAGAUUUGAUCAAAGGAAAGACCCCAAAACAGAUUCGAAAGAUCUUCAAUUUAAAGAACGAUUUCACCCCAGAGGAACAAGAGCGACUUCGUAGACAGCAUAAUUGCUCCUUUGAUUAA